GCUCGAUGGUAUAUUAAGACGAGCAAUGUGCAAAGAUGUAUCAGUCGCUGAAGAAACUUCUACAACUAGCAGCCAGGUGUGCAGUAACAUGCGCCUAAAUAUGAACGAAAUCGUGCUACUUUCUCUGGUGUCCUUGGUCGCGAGCACGCCGGUGAUCGUGCACCAGGAUGAAAAUCAAUUUUAUCCUCAAUUGUACGGUGGCUUCCAACCAGUUGAAAGAUCCGAUCAAGAAGGCCACGGGACUUCCUCGGGCGGAAGUUACGGUGGUGACUAUGGUGGCAGCUACGGUGGCGGUGACUACGGUGGUGGUGGCACUGGCGGAGAAUACGGUGGCAGUUAUGGCGGCGGCGGCGGUGACUUUGGCGGUAGUCAUGGUGGAGGCCUGGAGGAGUCCUCUGGUGGACACUUGGAGGCCGGCGGUGAUCACUUCAGCUCAGACUACUCUUCUUUAGGAGGUGGAUACGAGGGUGGAGACGAAAGUGGAGUUUCCCUCGACGGAGGUCACAGUGUAGUGCAUAGCGUUCCCGUGUCCGAGCAUGUUGAAGUAACGAAGCCCGUACCGGUUAAAGUGAUCAAACAUAUUGGGGUACCGGUUCCUCAGAUUUUGAAGAUAGGCGUACCCCAUCCAGUGCCAGUUGGUGUUCCUCAACAGUAUCCGGUGGCUCAUCCAGUUCCAAAAUUGGUUCCUGUGCAAGUGAUAAAAACCGUCGCCGUGCCUGUGGAGAAGAAGGUCCCAUUCCCCGUGGAAAAGCAUAUCCCAGUACCAGUAGAGAAGCCGAUCCCUAUUACGAUCGAGAAGCACGUGCCAGUGCCGGUCAUCAAGCCGUAUCCCAUAAAGAUACCCGUAUACAAAACGAUCUACCACCAUGCGAAGAAGCAUUAAACUUUAACGACUCAUUAUGAAAUGAUACCGACUGAUACCGAAACGACGGUGCACACGCUUUUCCUCUGGAUUCGGUUCCAAAUUGAACCACGCUGAUGGAAUCGCAUUUGUUGAUUGUUGAAGCUUAAUGCAUAGCCAAUUAAUUUUAUUGUUUUUAUUAUGUAUAUAUGAAACAUUGUUGCUGUACAUUUUGUAAUUUUAUAAAUGUUCUCGUUUG